CUGCAGGAAGUGACCGCAUACAGCACAUGGGCGGUUCACCGAUAGACGACUCUUCCUGAGGCGUGCGUUAGAGGGUAGUGAAGGCACAGGGACAGGUUGUUAGCCAUCACAACGGCAAAGGACACCGCUGCAAAUUACAGAGCGACUGCGUGUGAAGAGGGCAAAUCAAGCGUAGCAAUCAAAACGCCCUCCUGAAAGGACCCCAAUGGCUGUAGCGAUCAAUCAAGCAAGAACAUCCAUUUCCAAAAUGUUUAAUGGGGAGCCCCGUUCGUACACGCGAUUCAACUUGGCCCAGAACAACGAUGUGGACAGCAGCCAAGUGGAGAUGAAGCUGUCGUCUGAUGUUGAAGAUGAAGUCGGUAACCCUGAAGAUGGCCAUGCCCCCAUCACCUACACGCAGAGUCCUCUGCAGAACUACAAGAAAGUCUGCUAUCUGGCCCUGGGCACGUUGGUGAUCUUCAUCUUGGGUUAUCUGGUUGGCUACGUCAGCCAUCGUAAACCAGAUGCGGCGGCUGAAUCCUGCCCCUCAGUGGCACCUGUGAUUACCUCUCCUGAAGAAGAAGGUCAGGAUGAGGGGCCUAAGGUUGCAUACCUACCAGGUUUGAGUUGGAGUGACAUCUCCACCCUUCUGGAACAGAAACUGUCCCCUGAUGCCUUUUCUACAAAACUCCUCAGCGAGUUCUCCCUCCCCAGGGACCAAACCCACGAGGCAGGAAGCGAUGGAGAUAACCAUCUUGCUAACAAAGUCUUGGCUGUGUUCAAGGACUUAAACAUGCAGUCUUGGAACGACGAGCAUCAUGUCAAGCUACCACGUCCAUCCAGUGACAACCCAAGCAAAGUCCUCUUUGGUACUGAAGAAAUUGGAGCACCCAAAGGUUUCUUGGCUUACAGUGAAGUUGGAAGCAAAACCGGCAGAGUUGUGUAUGGUAACUAUGGGUUACGAGAUGAUCUCUCAGCCUGUAUUGACAAGAAGGUAGACCUCAACGGCAGUGUUCUGCUGCUAAGGGCUGGACGGAUCAGUUUUGCAGAUAAGGUUGCCAACGCUGCUAAACAUGGUGUAGUGGCAGUGCUGAUCUACCCUGACCCCUCAGACUACGACUUCCAGAGCUCGACAGAACUUUACGGACACGUCCAUCUUGGCUCAGGUGAUCCCUACACGCCAGGGUUCCCAUCCUUUGAAAACACCCAGUUUCCCCCGUCCAGGUCUUCAGGUCUUCCUUCUGUCGUGGCACAGACGAUUACUGGAUCUAUGGCCCUCAAGAUCUUCCAGAAGAUGGGAGGUGACUCUGCCCCCCCAAACUUUCAAGGCAAACUCAGUGGAUUGUCUACUUACAAACUGGGCAGUGCCAAUGACACGGUGACUGUGACUGUCAAUAGUGUACUCACUGAAACGGCCAUCCACAAUGUAUUUGGGGUCAUCAAGGGAAAUGAAGAAUCAGAUCGUUAUGUUGUCAUCGGGGCCCAAAGGGACUCCUGGGGCCCGGGUGUUGCGAGGUCCACCGUGGGCACCACCGUGUUGGUAGAGCUGGCCAGAGCGGUCUCGGAGAUGAUCAGAAACGACCACGUCAGCCUCAGGAGGAGCCUGGUGUUUGCCAGCUGGAGUGCCGGCGAGUACGGAAACGUGGGCGCCACCGAGUGGCAGGAGGGCUACUUGGCGUCACUCAACAUGAAAGCCUUCACCUAUAUUAACCUGGAUGGAGUCGUCACAGGUCGUCAGAAGUUCAAGGCCACUGCCAGUCCAUUGUUGUAUGAUCUACUCCAGAAGACUUUGAAGCAGGUGAAGAACCCAUUGUCCACUGGCAAGUCUCUAUAUGAUCAGCACGCUGGAUCCGAUUGGGAGGCUUCUGUACUUGAAUCUAUGAAAAUGAACGAUGCUGCGUACCCCUUCCUUGCUCUUUCCGGCAUCCCAUCCAUCUCAUUCCGCUUCUGUAAGGACGAGGGGGAGUACCUGUACUCUGGAACCGAUUUGGACAGUCUUGACCACCUGCGGUAUGCCACGGGCUCAAAAGUUGGUGAAUUAGCGGUGGCAGCUGCACAGGUGGCUGGACAGAUGGCCCUACGGCUGGUUCACGACCACCUGCUUCCCCUGGACGUGGAGCGCUACGGAAAGGAAAUCAGGAAGCAAGUGGUCGAGGUCAACAGCCGCGUCAGCCGACUCAAGCAGACUGCGGAUUUGGAUCAAGAUCUGUCUGAGGCUUUGUCUGUGAAAUGGCUGAACAGUGCAUAUGGCGACUAUGGUCGUGCGUACCGUAAUCUCCAGACAACCAUUGAAAACAGCGACCUGGAAGAUAAGGAGAUGUGCCGCAUCAUCAACGACCGCAUCAUAAAGGUGGAGCACAAUCUGCUUUCCCCCUACGUGACUGUGAGAGAAGUGCCUUUCCGCCACAUCUUCUUCGGUUCAGGUGAACACACAAUGCAAGCCCUGCUGGACCAUCUCAGUGCCCUCCAACAAAAGGCUCCGGAGUCUAACGCCGAUCUGUUCCGCAACCAAUUCGCCUUGGCUACCUGGACCAUCCAGAGUUGUGCCAACGACCUCGACGGUCCCGUCUGGGAAAUGAAUAAUGAGAUCUAAGUGUCUUUGUGGGCAAAUCAAGAAAAAAAACCUCGUUCUCCAGUUUGGUCAAGAAAAUCAACUUUUCAGUUUUUUGCCACACUCGAAGCAGCACUUAAUAUUUAAUUUGGCAACAACAUUUGAUUUCGGCCAUCAUAUUGCUUAGGUAGGGUAACGUAAUCAAUUUUUUGACGGAUACUUCAUGAUUUUAGUACUUACAACAUGGAUUGCUUUGUUAAAACAAGAAAUAUCCAAAUAAUUAGAUAAGGCAUGCGCAGAGCUUAAAAAAAAAAAUAAGAGCUUAUAUUUUAUGAAAAAUAUCUAGUCUCAAUUGAUAUGUAAUGGCAGAUGCAGUAAUAGAGAUGGUUCUCAAACAGAAAAUGGUUUUGACAAGACUGUUUUGCUCAUGAGAAGAAUCCCCUAUUGUUUGUUACCUCAGUCAUAAAACCGCACUGAAGUUCCAUAGAUGUAGUCGAACUUUAAACUGUCUUUGUGCAGCUUCACCCGAAGUUGUGACAUUAACCUGCUGUAUCUGAUCAGAGUUUGUUUUUGUAUGUCUUUUUUUUUUAAUGUUUUUUUUUUUUUUUUUUUUUUGUAUUCGGAAGGUUGGUUUUGUGUACAUGAGAUUUCUGACACUGGCUGCUGAUGGGGGGGGAUUCGUAACCCCCACUACUGUAUGCCUUUUCGCACUUGUCUGAGACCCCAAAAACACGAAGCCAAGCCUGAUGAAUGCGAGACCGCUCUGCCUUCACCAUGUUCUAAUGCGUCAACCCUACCCUCACCCAUAUUAAUUGUAUUUAUUAUCUAUUUAUUUAUCAGUGACAGUGUUUACUAUAAAUAGUUUUUUACCUUUUUAUUUUAUUUUGCAAAAUUAUCGGAAGCAGUGCCUUCCAUAAUUGUGACGGUUAUACUGUCUGUUAUAAUAGCAGCAUCUGCUAUGGAAAUACAUGUUGCCAACAGCUGGUACUAGAAAUUGGUAAAGGAUGCUUGAUGAUGGAGGGUCUACCCAACACAUGUGUGGAUCUAAAUACAUUUGGUUCACUCUAGACUGCCACUUUGGCCAUCAUCUUGAAAUAUGACAAAAAGAUUGGAUUGUUUUGAAAUGUACUAAAUAUUAUUACUAAGUGCACGAUUUCAGAAUGGUUUUAGAAUGGCGGAAAUGAAUGUAAUAUCGCAUACUGAAAGGUCAUUUGGUGCCAUCUGAUACCAAAUGGCCAGUUGUCAUCUUAACUUUGAUGGAGAUUUGAAAAGUUUCAUACUUUUCCUGAACAGAUUAAGCCAUUUCUGUGACCAAGCAAUUUUUGGAACAUUGAUAUUUCUGAUCCCAAAACAUUAUCGGGAGCAGUGUCUUCCAUAAUGUGAAAACUGUUGAAGGUAGUUUUUGCCUACCGGCGUGUAUAUAUCGUGGGCAGUGUCCCUCAUAUUUCACUUGUAGGGUGGAUCAACUUAUCGGGAACAGUGUUUCCCAAAGUUUUUUAUAUAUUUAUUCUUGUUCAUUUUCUGAGCUUUGUUUUGCUGUGUGCUUUUCUUUUGUAUUCCUUUAGAUCUGUAUCAUGUGUAGUGAUAUUACAGCUAACUUGUCUAUCCUGUAGUUACAAACCAGUUGGCCAUCCUUUGAUGUUUGCCAGGUUACUCAAGAGUAUUUUCACUCCAAAUGAUUUCUGACUUGGAAGACAACAUGGCUGUGAUAUUUAUGCACUUGCUUUUCUAGCUGCUUCAGACUCUCCAAAAGAGGGCUGAUAAUGGGUUUGGUAAAUACUCUAAUUUGUCUUUAACCUUGAGGCAUAUUUCUGUCCCUGUUAAGUGAUUUUAACGGUUUCAUCUUUGUUAUAUCUGAUUUGAACCAACCAGUCCUAUUCAGAAAAUGGAUUGCCAUUUGUUAGUAGUAAAGACAAUUUUUGUUGGAAUAUAUUUUUAUUUGUCUUCUAUGACCAUCGACUAGGUUAUGCUAUGGUUUUAUGUGAGGCUCUCAUUUACUUUCAAAUCUAUCCAAAUGUAAGCUUUUAGGCAUAUGCACACUUUUCUCUGCUAGUUUGUUUCUGGACCUUGCACGCUGCUUUUGAUUGUGGACUGAAUGUGGGCCUCUGUGUGUGUGUUGUCUGCUCAUUAGAUGCAAUUAUGACAUGUUAGUGGGGGGGAAUCAAAAUGAAAAAUGUGGAUUGUCAAUUUGAAAUGGAGGUAUUUGGAUCUCACUCUUAUACUUGUCAAUGUCAAACGGUUACAUCAGAAGACAAAUUACUGUGAUGUGUUAAAUGUACAUUUAAAUUAAGUAAUUCAUUUGAGGUUUUACAAAAAAUAAAUGGGACCUUUUCUGUGGAUCGCUUAGUUUCAUAAAAGUGAUUUUCGGUUGUAGUUGUUACCCCGUGUCUUGUGCUGCUGUCACGCACCGCUUGAUACCUUUCCACAAUUUUGAAUAAAGUUGUAUUAAUUGCGUAUCUAUCA